AUGAGCGGAUACUUGGACUUUCAGCAGUACUUUACAUUGGAUCACAGGGGACUCUGGAUUGACAUUGACCUGGAGGCUACUCUUGGGGCCCCAUCAGCGAACUCCCUUUCCUUCCAACCACGUUGCCUGACACUGGCUGAUGGUCAUUUGGUUGAUCGAUAUAUUAAAGCUGCUGAAGCGGGUUACCGGCACUUCUGUCUUCCCCAAUGCUUGACCCAAUUUGCGGAGGAUAUUUCGGUCCAGGAUGGAUACUUGACGGCAAAGCAGCAAGAUGGAUUCAACACAAUUCAUCAUCAGGCCUAUGAGAUCCGCCGAAGGGCUGAGCGCAACUGCCGGAAACUGUUGAUGGGUAAAGUUCACCGGUCAGGACUAGUUCACAGAAGGUUCCGGCGCUUGUUGAAGAAGACAGGGUUGAGUGACGCAUGGAAACUAUUGGAGCCUGAUCUACAGGCAAAGUGGUACCUCGAACCUCAAGAGUACAAGGAGGUCAAGCUGAAGCAGGCACACCAGUGGCGCCUGGAGUACCUGGGGACCCGAUUGGCAGCGGUCCAGGAAGCAAGAAAGGGCAACAUCAAUGCUUGUAGCAGACGGACUCAAGUCCAAUGGAUGGCACAAAAGGAGGAGACCCGACGGCGAUGGAAAGCCCAAGGCAAAGGCUUUUCUGGCGGUUUCCAGCAGAUUAAAGUGGCCCAGGUGGCACAAGACGGUUCUUCCCAUUGGGUGACAUGCCAGUCUAAACGCCUUGUGGAGGAAGGCUGCACGCAAGAGAACCGGCUCCAGUAUGAUCAGACUUGCUACCCCUACUCUACCCCACCCAUGACUGAACCCUUGUACUCCAACUUCAAUGGCCCCAACGCAGAACAGAACAGCCAUGCACUGCUCCGGAGCCUAUAUGAAGUUGAGACGGCGGAUCCUUACUUGGCAUCAUUCAUGACAGAAUAUAAUUAUUCUUGGGGAACGCUCAAAGUUACACUAGAAGAUAAGAUAAUCAAUUCAAGGUAA